AUGUUUCCCUCGUCAGAUCCCGCAAUUCCAAAGCUAGAUUCUUUAGAUGACCUUUUCGACGACGACCCGACCAUGCCCAGUUCUGUAGGGGAGACGGGCUACACAGGCCAGCCUAGGUCCAUAUCGAACCUGACGGCCGACUCAAAUUCGAUGGAAAUCAUGCCAUCACUUGAGAUGGCAGCAAUCAAGUCAGCACGCGCUCCGGAAGACCACCAUGUCAACAGCAGUAACGAAGUAUCAUUCGUGACCUACGACGAGUUCGCUCCGGUGCAACCACCUUCCCGGUCGUCCAAGACCGCAUCCUACUCUGGUUUGUCGACAAGUAUCAGACCGUCAUUCCCAGGCGCGCGAAUGUCGCAGCCGGUAGACGCACCACAUUCGCCACCGGAAUCACCUGCAGACAGUCACGCCGAACGCUACCCUGACGAUAUUCGCAGAUCAGCUUCGUCGACAGACGCAGACUUCGCGAGCGGCGGCCUUGGUCUCAACGAUGAGAUCGUCAACUAUGGCGACUCCAGUGAUGUUGGAGACCACGAAGAGCCUAGUCACCUUGAAAGCAUAGAUUUUGGAUUCGGGCCGGGUGUUCGGGAGGCCAAGCCAGAAGUAAACAGGUUUCGAACAGUGUCGUGCGAUUCAUAUCCAAAUGCAAACUCUCCUACAGAAUCACAACUCGUCGAUGAAGGCUUCGAGUUCCAUAAUCAGUUGCCAGAAGAAAAGCAAGCGACCCAGUUCGAGGACGAAGCCUUUCGCGACGCUCUGAAGGACAUCUCACCAGAUCUGCCGAGGAAGCAGCAAUGGUAUGCAUGGCGGAAGGUGAUGGAUGCGCUGGACCAUGCGCAGCCAGAAGAAGAGGAGGAAGACCUCUUUGACGACUCAGAGCUGCCAAACGACUUCUCGCUGGGGUCACUGGCAAAUCACACCUUUGGUGGUUGCCAGUGUGGUGGUGACGAGAGCAAAUGCUCUUGUGCUCCCGAGCAUUGCAGCUGUAGUGGUUGCCCACGCAAAGCCAAGGCACAAGACAACGACGCGCUAAGACAUGCCUUACCCACCACCAGCGAAGAGGAGCCACAAGAUGUUCCGAUGGUCAUAGGCUACACGCCGAUAACCCCUGCAUUCCCGAAUCUUCAGUACACCCAGGCUAUGCUGGCUCGUGAAGGUUCAGCUGUCAAGCACACACUUCCUGGUCUAGGCCAUCUCAAUGAGGACGAGGGUCCAAACCACGGCAGCACCCUUGAAUACGCUGGCGAACUCGACAGCCUCAAUCCCAACUGUGGCUGCAGCUGCGGUACCACCUGUAGAUGUCCAGAAGGACAAUGUCGCUGCCAGAAAUCGGACCAAGCCACCUCGGCUGAGAUACCUCCCGAAACUACUGUUGAGCAGCUCUUCGAAGAUCCAUUCAAGCGUCCUGCGGCUUAUUUCCACCCGCAAGAAACGUGGUCCGAUGCCGCGACAGCAGCUCAAUCACCUGCACCGUCCGAGCUUCGAGAACCUAGAGGACCAGAGCCGCCCUUUCCUCAGAUCGCUACUCAGCUCAGUCAUGCCGCUACCUUCAGUGCGAACGAUGCCCCCACGCCAGAGCCGGGCCCGAGGUCGCCAAAGCGUUACUCACUGGCUCCGGGAUCGCCAUCCAAAGAGCCUGUGAGUCGUCCAGAUACACCGAGGCCGCAAGGAGAUUCUUAUGAGUAUGGAAUUCGAGAAUCAGUCGAGCCUGAAUUACCCACGCCCAUCUCUCACAGGGAAACGACGCCAGCGUAUGAGGAUCGAUCGGGAACGCCGUCGCCUAUCUCACAUCAGACGCCGUCGGAUACGUCCAUGCACGACGCGACGCCCACCCAGAUACAUGCUCAGGAUGCAUUCACGAGAGGAGUCCCUGAUAUGUUUGAGAGGGAAGGGUCAGUGCUACCAGAUGCACCAGCUGUCGAGCGGACACUGGACUCGCCGCCCGAUUCGCCCAUUUAUUCUGCGAUGCCACCUGUCCCAGCCAUCCCCGCAGAGCACCUCCACAGCUAUGAGAGGCAACACACCAGCGUUCCCACACAAAGUAUAGAAGGACAUGGCCCACAGUACAGCCAGAUUCCUGUGCCACCAAUGCCUAACUCGCCCACACUCAAACCGCGCAAGCAGCGUGCGACCUCGACGAGCAAUGCAGCUGCCCGACGCAACACAAAGUCCGCUGUGCAUGGCUCAAAGAUCAGCAAAGCACAGCCGAAGCAGAGGAGUGUGACUCGGAAAGCGACCGGCAAGAAGGUUCAGGCAGCAGUCAAUAAGAUUGAAGACAGCGUUCGGAAAGCUGAACAGGAAGAGGAAGUCGAAAAGCAAAGGGUUAGCAGUAGUGGAAGCGCGAAGAACUGGGCCGUUGAGAACAAUCAGAAAGAUGGUAGCCCGCCUCGGAGGAGUGCGCGGUUGCGGCAUAGGACGGUGAGCCCGAGUCCAUUGCAUCUGUAA